AUGGCGAGUGACACGAAACCCGCUGUGCUGAUUGUCGGAGGACUCGGUUUCAUCGGCCGUCAUCUGGCUCGCUAUAUCCACGAUAAUAAUUUGGCCUCGGAAGUGCGACUUGUUGACAAGGUUCUUCCGCAGCUUGCGUGGCUGGCCCCCGAGUUUCAAGAGGCGUGUUCAAAGGAGAAGUUCGUCCAGGCGGACGCAAGUCGGGAACAACAUUUCCCGCGCAUUUUCGACCGUGCCAAUGGCGGACAAUUCGAUUAUGUGAUCAACUGUGGUGGGGAGACGAGGCAUUCCCAACCCGACGAUGUCUACGAGCUCCGCAGCUACGCCCUCACCGUGGCCUUGGGCCGCGAGGUUGCCCGCCGCGGCAUCCGGUCCUUCGUCGAGUGCUCCACGGCCCACGUUUACAAGCCGGGUUCCUCGGUCAGAAAGGAGGGUGACAAACUUCAGCCCUGGCACAAGCUGGCUGAAUGGAAGAUGAAAGCCAGUGCCGAAUUGGAGAAGAUCUCGGGGCUCAACUACACCCUCCUACGUUUGCCGCAUGUGUACGGAGAGUAUGACCCCGGUUACUUCGCCACGGGCAUCUGCCUGGCCCGGGUGCACUUGGAUCUGCAGAAAGACCUGGAGCUUCUUUACACCAAGGAUCUCAAGAUCAACACCCUGUACGUCGGGGAUGCCGCCAGCGCACUGUGGAAGGCGGCCGAGUGGCGGGCGAAUGCCACCGGCUCCGUCCCGAUCGCGUUCAAUGUCGUCGAUCACGGCGACACCCGCCAGGAGCACGUGGCGGAGGCCCUGUCGACGGUGUUUGGCUUGAAGUGCACCUUCCUGGGCUCGUUGGCAUCCCAGUUUGCCAAGAUGAACAUGGACGAUGUGGUUGACGAUAUGAACGAGGAGUGCCUGCAGGUGUGGGCGGAGCUGAUCGAGCAGAAGAAAAUCGAGCGUCCCGGCCCCAUCAGCCCUUUCCUGGAGCGGGACGUGCUCAAGGACUCGGACAUGUCCAUCGACGGGACCUUGUUCGAAACGACUCUAGGAUGGAAGCCCACCCGGGAGCGCUUCGAUGCCGAGGGUGUGCGCGCUAUUGUAGAGAGCUACAAGCGGAUGGGCUGGUGGCCAUAA